AUGGAUUAUCCUAUAGCUGGAGGGGAACCUUUAUCUACUUUCACGUUUACUGAUGACUAUGAUUUUUCUAAAGAUGGUAUUAAGCAGGCUUUACCUCUCGAGAGCACGGAGGCGCCGAAAGAUGGAAUCGGAGAUCGUUCGACAGAUCCUAUUGAUAAUCAAACAAAUAUAGUCACUGUUGAUCCCAACUGGAACCCAGAAACAGCCAUUAAGGUCAAAGAUAACGAACGUCUCCCGUGGCAAGUGAGCGUGUUCAGUAAACAGGCGGAGCCUUUCCUGAGGGUCUGCGGAGCGUCCAUGGUCAGCAGGACCACUGUGAUUUCAGCGGCUCAUUGUUUCUGGAAGGAAGGUCAGGGGUUGCUGCCUGCUUCACAAUUUGCUGUGGGCGCUGGUGAAGUGCUGACCUAUGAACUGGAUGACUACGGAAGCUACCGGCAGCAGAAUGACGUAGGGUCUAUAAAAGUCCCUCCAACCUUCAACGGAGCUGCUAAUAAUUUCCAAUACGAUAUCGCCGUGGUACACUUAACGUGGCCAUUCUACGACUCCUCUGGCAUGAGGCCUGUGUGCAUCAGCUUCGAUGAUGGCCUGGAGGAGGAGCAACUGAGACCUGGAAAUAUAGCCACGACCUUAGGUGUCGGUCUGCUGCAGAAAGGGCUGACAGAGCUCCAGACCCUCAACGUCCCGUACGCCUCUCCGGAAGAUUGCAAGAGGUCCCUGGCCAAGAAUACUCUGCAGUAUUUUACGGAAGAUAAAAUAUGCGCGGGGUUCAAACCUGGGACGAGUCCAGUGUUAGGUGAAAUCUGCACCCGCGACGCAGGCGCCGGUCUAGCCUUCUACCUAGGCAAUAACCAAGACCUAGCAAAAGGCAUCGCCGUCCCGUUCCUACGCGGCGUGGCGUCUCGCUCGCACCCGUGCGACGCGGGCCAACGGACUCUAUACACGAAUGUUCGUACGCACAGGGUGUUCUUAGAGGAAAAUAUACAGGGUGUUGUGGAAGAGUGUGGGAAGUAUUACCCGCAGGUGGGCGCGUUGUUGACAAGGGAUGUGGAUGUGAGACAGUACGUUUGUAAUUGUUAUUGCUAA